AUGGUUUAUUUAACGAGAAAGAAUUUAAAAAAAGUUACAAGUGAUAACUUGAUAUUGAUGGAGUCUCUAAUACUAUUCGAUAUAUGGCUUACAAUGAAACUCCGAUGGCUCUUGGUACAAGUUUUCCAAUUGAUAAUCCCAUUAGUGAAAAUUGCUUCCAUCGUGUGUAUUAGCAUUCUUGCAAUAUUAUACGUAAAAGAAGACGGCAAUCUAGCACAACUAACCGAUGAAAAAAACCAUUUAAUCAUUGAUAGAUUUUCAAUGCCCUACAAGAAAUCGAUUGUCGGUAUAGAAUCGUGCAACAAUUACAUCUACCAAUAUUUUAAAAACAAAGCGCUGCCAGAUUUCGCAUCGGAAGCUUCGGGAGCUCUGAUCGUAGGCACACCCGAUACGAAAACUUACAACGAACCUAAAUCGCUUCAACUAACGGUGCUCGGUUUACCUGUAUGGAAAGCUGGUUAUUAUACUCCACGCAAAGUUAUUCAGUCAUGGACAGAAGCAGGAGAAUGUUGGGCUUUUGAAGGAUCGCAAGGAAAGAUUAUAAUUGAGAUGGCUUAUGAAAUUGUUAUUGAAAAAGUUACUUUGGAGCAUAUCCCUGUGAGUGCUGCAUUAACCGGCAAGAUAGAUUCUGCUCCAAAGUCGUUCAAAGUCUGGAGUAAAGUAUCAGAUGAGUUCGUUGAUAUCGGCACAUUUACUUAUGACGACAAAGGACUACAUUCACAAACAUUUGAAAUUAAGAAAAUUGAUAUGCAAACUGUACCCAUAAAAAUAGUCAUGUUAGAAAUUCUUUCCAACUACGGGAAUUCAUAUUACACUUGUAUAUAUCGAUUCAGAAUUCAUGGAAAAAUUUAUUCUUUAUCUAAAGAAUAA